AUGUCUUUGAACACAUUUGAUCCAAAUACUGCUGAAAACUCUGAAGAUAUUGAGAAGCAAUUUGCCGUUGUGGCAGUCGAGCAAGCUGAAACUUAUUGGAAGCUUAUCACAUCUAUUCCAGGCUCUAAACUACGUCUUACAAAGUUGGAUGAUGAAAUAUAUGAACUUUUUAUGGAAAGAUUCCCAGAAUAUAAAGAUAUUGAAAGAUUAAGAAAGUUUGACGAAGAAGAACUAAAGAACAAAGUUGCUAAGGAGAGGUGGAGACAAUUUGCAAACUAUUUCGAAAAGAAGGUCGAGGACUUCAACUUUGGUACACUUUUGAGAACAGACGCCAAUGCUGAGUAUGGCCAAUUUACUACCUGCUUCGUUGUCCGUAUUCAAUUUUAUGCCUUUGAAAUUGCAAGAAACAGACAUGGUUUGAACGACUGGGCUGUUGGUCACCAAUAA